AAAAAGAAGAAGAAGAUGAUAAUAUUUACUGUUGCUAUUAUAUUAAAACAAAAACAAUUUAUACAAAAUUUAUUAAAAACAAUUAAAUAAUUUUAUACUUUCCCAGUCAAGUUUAAAAAUGCGUACCUGUUCUCUGUGUAAAAAGAAGAAACCACUUAAAUGUUGCGCCUACUUUGGUAUUCCAAAAGAUGAACGCAGAAGAAAAUUAUGGAACGAGGCGUGUCGUCUAGAGUUAUCAACAAGUGCCCGCAUAUGUGAAAAUCACUUUUUGUCAACCGACAUAGUAAUGGGAUCGAAAAAACCUUAUUUACUGCCUAGUGCUGUGCCUGCUAUUCAGACAAAAUUAACUGGAACAGCUUUAACAUAUACCACUUGUGCCCUGGGUUGCCCAAACGAUAAAGACCUUUAUAGAUUUCCCACAAGGAGAAAUGAUGAGGAAAGAAGAAAAUUAUGGCUAGACUUUUUUGGAAUGGAAGAACCCAAUCUUGAGGAUUUGUUUGCUUGUAAAAGACAUUUUUCUAAUUUACAAUCCAAUGAGAAAGGUAUACUUUUGUCUGCAGUUCCCGACAUCCAAAGACAUACUACUACUUUAAAAUCGCCAUUAACAAAUAACAACAACAAAUCAGGAAAAAAUUUCACUCUACCUGAAAGUCCAGAAGAUAAAACGUUUAAAAAUCAACAAGGAGUUUUAACACAAAACAUCUAUAACAUUAAUAACAAUGAACAAGAAUCAUUCUACAAUCCUAUUGUAGAAAUUCCCUUUAUCAAAACGAAAACUAAAGUGGCAGCCACACAAACACAUACACGACUUUGCGCCACUGUACAAGCAUCCGAAUUUGCUGAUGAAUAUCGUUUUAAUUGUUUUUACUGUUAUAAAACAUUUUCGUUAUCAUAUUGGAAAAAAUUCAUAAAUCAUUUAAAAAAGAAACAUUUUGAAUAUGAAAAAGCUUUCGAAAUCACCAAAUAUGUAACACCGGAUCAUGAUUAUACAGCCUUACAAUCAGCAGCGCCUUCCCUAGUAGAUGCUGAUAAUAAUAUAAUAAAAACUCACAACGAAGAUAGUCUGAUUAUUGAAACUAGUUCAUUACUGCCUUAUUUAGUGAAAACACUAGAAACGCCUAAUAAGUCUUUGAAAUGUGAUAUUUUAACUUCGAAUUUUUGUUGCGAAUCAGAGGAGGAGAAUGUAGAAAUUUUAAAUGAUUUAAUGAAUGUGCCUUCUUUGGAAAAAAACAAAACAACUAGGAAAAAGAAUAUUAAACAAAGGAACAGUACAAAUUUAGUGGGAAAAAGAAAGCAAAAACAAUCAACAAAAACAGCUUUAAGUCGCUGUCUUAAAAGAUCCAAUACAAUACAAACUAUCGAGCCAGAUGGAAAUGAAUCUCUUACAGAAAUUUCUGAAGAAACUUUUACUAACCAAAGGUUUCAACAAGAAAGUACUGAGCUUUCUUUCGAAUUUACACCCAGUGAUAUAAUCAAUUAUCUGCUAGAAAAUAUGAAAAAUUAUUCCGUUUUAUGGGAAUUUGAUGAACAGCAAUUCAAUGAAGAUUACUAUGAGGCCAUUGAAGAAUUAUGUCGUAGAAUCAAUGAAAAAUGGUCUCUGAAUAUAGAUACUCUAAGAAUGAGACGCAGUAUAAAUCGUAUACUAAGAUUUUACUGCUCCGUCUAUCCCUAUGAUAAUGCGGAAAAUAUUAAUCAAUUUACUAACUACUAUGAUAAAUUAAAUUCCUUUUUGCCAUCACCGGUACACAAUAUUGCUUAUGCCCGCUGUUCUCACUGUUAUAAAUGUUUUAAAAAUAUCAGCGAGUUGAAUAGUCAUUUGUUGGAAGAAUACAAAUAUUUACAAUGGCCUUACAAGUGUGUACAAUGCAAGGAAUGUUUUAGGGAUAUCAAUGAAUAUGAGUUCCAUAAACGUCUGCCACACUAUGUGGAAGUAUUUCGUUGUGAAAACUGCAAUAAGAAAUUUACCCAACGCAAUAAAUAUAAUAAACAUAUUACCACACACCAAACUAAAGAAAAUUCUCUAACGGAAAAACAUAAAUGCGAAGUCUGCGGCAAAGUAUUUAAAAUGCAUAACUUAUUACGGAAUCAUAUGGUCUUUCAUGGAGAGAGAAAACAUAAAUGUAAUUUGUGUUUUAAGUCAUAUUAUACAAGCGCCACACUAAGACAUCAUUUGAGGACUCAUAAUAAAGACUAUAGACUAAUGUGUGACAUUUGUGGCAAGGGAUUCUUACACCACAACAACCUCAAAGUACACAUGACUAAACAUACCGGUGACAAAGUCACAUGUAAUAUUUGCAAUUUAAAAUUAAGAAAAUCUAGUCUCUUGCGUCAUCUCCGUACAGUUCAUGUGGCCUGUGAGGGGACCAUUGAAACUACCUACAGAGCGAAGAAUCAUCAUUAUAGAAGUUUAUUGCAGUGGCCCAAUAAACGUUAUAACAAACGUAACAAAUAUAAUAAAGAGAAAAGCUACUUCUGUAAAAUCUGUAAUAUACGUUUCGAACGCUAUAAAUUUCUGCUGGAACACAAUAAAGAAACGCACGGCGAUGCCCCCAAAUGGGCAUGUAAAAUAUGCAAUUCCGAAUUUCGUCAAAAAAUAUCGAUAAAACGUCAUUAUCGUGAAAAACAUCAAUUGCAUGUGUAUCAGGCAUUUAAAUUAGUCGAUCAAGAUGAAGAUUUGGACACAGUGUUAGCCAUUAAAGUGGAAGAAUUGGAAAAUUUAAUGGAGACUUUAUCUUAUUCCUUAAAUACUCCUGGUAAUAUAAAAAAAUCAACUCAAACAAUAGAAGAUUCCAAGGAUUUGAUUGCCAAAGAAAUGUAUAUUGAGGAGAAAGAAUCUAUGCACAAUGAUUUAAACCAAGAGCAAAUAUUGUUAGUAACGGGUGAUACAAAUACAGAGACACAUGAAAUUAAAAUCGUUGAUGUUGAUGAUCAUUAUAUGAAUGAGUUUCUUAAAAAUUUCUUAAAAUAACCAAAAAGGUCAUCAAGGUCAUAGGAAAUAACUAAGGGUUUAAGUGUAAACAUUAAAUUAAUGAAAAUAAAAGUUAUGUUUGUUAAA